UGUUCCGUAGUUACCGGUUUUUAUUGGAGGUCAGCCGCCUCUGGCGUGAGCUUGAAAUGUGAACCCAGAAAUGUCAUCAAGUGAAUCUGAAGAAAGCAAGCAGUGCCUUCAUACCCGUGGAAACCCUUUUUUCUCAAUGGCACGAAUCUCGCCUGUGUGUGUUAAACUGUUGUGAACAGAAGUUUUAGACCGAGGCAGACAGAAUCCGUCCGGUGGAUCCGUCCGGUUUGCCCUACACAGGCCCGCCUUAUUACAUAUAGCAGCAGGAUCAAUGAUCCACGACAAAGGACUUGUUUAAUAUUUAUUUUGAUCACAUUAAAGUUGCAACGAUGAGAAAGGACGUGAGGAUAUUACUAGUCGGAGAACCCAAAGUGGGGAAGACCUCCCUGAUCAUGUCACUUGUCAGUGAGGAGUUCCCCGAUGAGGUUCCUCCCAGAGCCGAAGAGAUCACUAUUCCUGCUGAUGUUACACCUGAGAGAGUGCCCACUCAUAUAGUGGACUAUUCAGAAGCAGAACAGUCAGAUGAGCAGCUUUACCAAGAAAUAACAAAGGCCAAUGUUAUAUGCAUCGUAUAUUCAGUAAACAACAAGAAAUCUAUCGAAAAGGUGACAAGUCAUUGGAUUCCCCUCAUCAAUGAGAGGACGGAUAAGGACAGCAGAGUACCAUUGAUCCUGGUGGGGAAUAAAUCUGACCUAGUGGAGCACAGCAGCAUGGAGACCAUCCUGCCCAUCAUGAACCAGUACUCUGACAUUGAGACCUGUGUGGAGUGUUCAGCCAAAAACCUAAAGAAUAUCUCAGAGUUGUUCUACUACGCCCAGAAGGCCGUUCUACACCCAACAGGACCUCUGUACUCUCCAGAAGAGAAAGAGAUGAAGCCAUCUUGCAUCAAGGCACUUACUCGCAUUUUCAAAAUAUCAGACCUUGACAAUGAUGGCAUUCUGAAUGAUAAUGAGCUUAAUUUCUUCCAGAGAACUUGUUUUAACAUACCCCUGGCACCUCAAGCCCUGGAGGACGUGAAGAAUGUUGUGCGGAAAAAUAUGUCAGAUGGGGUAAAAGACAACGGCCUCACACGGAAGGGUUUCCUGUUCCUUCACACACUCUUCAUUCAGCGGGGAAGGCAUGAAACCACAUGGACCGUGCUCAGGAGGUUUGGUUAUGAUGAUGAUCUGGAGCUGACACAAGAAUACCUGUUUCCACUGAUAAAAAUACCCCCAGACUGCACCACAGAGCUGAACCACAAUGCCUACCUCUUCCUCCAGAGCGUUUUUGACAAGCAUGACAAGGAUCGAGACUGUGCCCUGUCUCCUGAUGAGCUGAAGGAUUUGUUCAAGGUCUUUCCCUACAUGCCCUGGGGUCCUGAUGUCAACUACACUGUUUGCACCAAUGAGCAGGGCUGGAUCACUUACCAAGGCUAUCUUUCCCAGUGGACACUAACAACAUACCUAGAUGUGCAGCGAUGUUUGGAGUACCUGGGUUAUCUUGGUUACUCUAUUAUCCAAGAACAGGAGUCACAGGCAGCCGCUAUAACAAUCACCAGAAAUAAGCGCAUCGAUCUGCAAAAGAAACAGACCCAGCGCAGUGUUUUCCGCUGCAAUGUCCUCGGUGCCCGGGGCAGCGGUAAAAGUGGCUUUCUGCAGGCUUUCCUGGGCAGGAAUCUUGCGCGUCAGAAGAAGAUAAGAGAAGACCACAAGUCUUACUAUGCCAUUAGCACAACUUACGUUUAUGGACAAGAGAAAUAUCUGCUCCUGCAUGAGGUGCUGCCAGACUUUGAGUUCCUUUCUGAGGCUGAUGUGGCUUGUGAUGUUGUUUGUCUGGUGUAUGACAUCAGCAACCCAUGCUCAUUUGAGUACUGCACUAAAGUCUACAAGAAACACUAUAUGGACAGCAAGACACCCUGUGUGAUUAUUGCUGCCAAGUCAGACCUGCAUGAAGCACGUCAGUACUACAGCAUGUCCCCGUUGGAUUUUUGCCGGAAACACAAGCUUCACCCGCCACAGCUGUUCACCUGCAACACAGCCGAAGCACCCAGCAAAGACAUCUACACCAAACUCACCACUAUGGCCAUGUAUCCCCACGCCAAGUUACGCUGCAUGUGCAGCUGCAACAGGUGUACCUUUUGCAUCAGUCACAACCUCCUGAACUCUGAGCUGGUGCGCUCUGUAAAGGCCAAAAUCUACAGUGCUGUUCUGAACAGGUUGAGAUCUUUUAUACAAGAGGUGGGCACGUUUCUGUUGGCUGACGAGGAGUCCGGCCUCACCCAUCAGGUUCAUGCAGUCAGCUUUGUAGAGGACUCCGUCUACAUGGAGUCGUCUGUCGACCCGUUUCUGCCCGUUUGUAACAGACACAUGACCCAAGCUGACCUGAAAAACUCUACAUUUUGGCUGAGGGCGAGUGUCGGUGCCACCGUGUUUGCCGUUCUUGGCUUCGCCAUGUACAAAGCUCUCCUCAAGCAACGGUGAUCAGUGCAACCAGUAUGUUACAGCAACCCAAGGCCCUCUCAAAAAACUACGAAACACAUUAUCCCUCAUUCCAUCCUUAUUUAAUUUAGGACCGAAGACUCCUAGAAAUAGUUAGCUACAUUUUGUAUAAAAAACUGCCUUUCCCAAACCAAGUGUUAUAGGAACUCGCCUCAUCAGCCGUGUACUGGAACAGAACAUCUACAGUAUGGCAGGAGCUGUAAUCGCGUCCUCAUCUGAUCCGACAGGAGGUUUUUAUUGAUGCACACUGAUGUUUUCCUCAGGUCAGUGUAAUUGGUGUGACCUAUAUUGAAAAGAGACAGCAGAUAGGUGAAUGAACUCUUGUUUAUAUAUGUAUAUAUCUUACUGGACAAUAUAAGAUUGUGUCUAGCUAGUGAACAAACCAUAUUUGAACUCUAUCAUUUUGACAUUCGUCCUUUAGGGAGAAGCAUUGAAAUAAAGCCAUUUCUGAAAUGUAAAGGUCAUUUUGCUCUUAGCACAUCACAGCUGUGUUUAUUAAUUUAUUAACCUUUUCUAUGUUGUUUUUGGCAUUGCUUGAAACAUGCAUAGAACAAGGGAUUAUUUUAUGCAAUAUCUGGUUUUUAUUUUAAGAUGUAUUUCUUUUCUUUUUUUCAUACUACGCAUGGCCUUUAUAAAGAUUAUGCAAAGUAAAAAAAAACUUUUUAUUUUCUGUAAUAAUAUGGCAUAACUAGGUUUGUUCCAAACCAGACUAAAUAGUUCCUCCUUACUCCGUUACAAGGACUGUAUGAAAUUCUUCCUAACUAACAAUCAUGUAGAGACAAAGUCAUUUUGUUUGUCUAAUGUUUUAGCUCUUAUGCAUAUGUAACUUUCAAUGCAAUGCUCUCUGUUCAAAACCAUGGGAUUGUUGCACUUGUGGGUUUUCAAAUAUUUACAAUAAAUAAUUGUGUGAAUAAAUCUGCCUGUUGUUUACUUCA